GCCCUUAGCCCGCGGGCGCCAUGGACGACGAAGAGGAUGUGUCGGCGCCGUCCUUUCUGCACAAGCCGACCCUCCGCGAGGAGGACGACGGCAACCGGCUGGUGUUCGAGUGCCAGAUGCGGUCGCACCCGCGACCCGAGAUCUCCUGGUUCCGAGGAGACGUGCAGCUGCACGACGACCACCGCACGGCGAUCCGCGUGGUCGAGAUCGAGCCGCGCAAGUACCACGUGUCGCUCGAACUCAAUGACGUCAUCGAGUCGGACGGGGGCCUCUACAAGGUUUUCGCCAAGAAUCGCGAGGGUCAGGUCGACUCCUCCAUCAACCUCAACUUCAGCCCUGCUGACGAGCCAAUGGACCAGCAAAUCGACGGCAUCGCGCCGACGUUUGCCAAGAAGCCCACAAUACGGCAGGAGGACGAUGGCGAGCGUCUCCUCUUCGAGGCACGGAUCCUAGCGGACCCAGAGCCGACUGUGUGCUGGUUCCACAACGGCACACCCGUCGUUCCCAAGGGCCGCUUCCAGAUGCACAUGGAAAAGGAUGGAAAUUCCUACCACGUGACACUGCAAAUAGACGACGUCACCAUUGAGGACGCCGGAAAAUACAAGGUCACUGCCAAGAAUGAACUUGGUGAAGGCAAUGCCAACAUCAGCUUAAACUUUGACAGUGACGAUCUCCCAGAUGAAGGGGCAAAGCCCACGUUCACUGAGAAGCCGACCAUCCGGCAAUCUGACGAUGGAAACAAGAUAAUUUUUGAGUGUCAGUGUGUAGCGGACCCAACACCGGCCAUUGAAUGGUACCACAAAGGUACCCUGGUGAAGGAAGACGCUCGGCACAAGUACAGAGUCGUGUCCGACAAGCACAACCACACAGUAGCACUGGAAGUGGCAAAUGUCAAAGCUGAGGAUGGCGGCGAGUACCGGGUUCUCGCACGAAAUGACCACGGAGAAGGCCACGCCAACAUUACCCUCAACUUCGAAGACUCUGGAAAACCAAAGAUUCCAGAGGGCAAGGCGCCACGUUUUCCCAAGAAGCCCACCAUUCGCCAGGAGGGCGACUCCCUCAUCCUUGAAUGCAUCCUUGAAGCUCAUCCUUUCCCAGAGAUCUCCUGGUUUCUAGGGAACAAGAAAAUCAACGACGGUCUGCGACACAGAACGUCCAAGAAGGAGACCGCAAAGCACACAUACCUGCUUAGCUUAGAGAUUAAGGACCCAACGACAGAAGAUGGCGGCAACUACCGCUGCAAUGCUGUAAAUGACCUCGGAGAUAGUAAUGCCAACAUUACACUAAACCUGCAAGGCGCAGAGCCACCCAAACCACCGGGCGAGCCCCCGGUUUUCACAGAGAAGCCAAAAAUCAUUCCAAAGGACUCCGGCGCGGUGAUCAUCAUGGAGUGCCACGUAAAAUCCAAGACUGCCCCCCAGUUCACGUGGCUCCAUGAUGGCAAGCCCGUCCGCGAGGCCCCCCACAUAAAGUCAAAGAUGGUCAAGGACGGUGGCGAAUUCAUCAUCACCCUAGAGAUCACGGGACCUGGAAAGGAAGACGGAGGUCCAUACAAGUGCAACAUUAGAAAUGAAGACGGAGAGAUCAAUGCUAAUCUCAACCUCAACAUUGCUGGUGCUGCUGCACCAACUGGAGUGGCGCCAUCAUUCGUGGAGAAGCCACAGAUCACAGCCGAGGAGGAAGGCAAGCUGAUCAUCAUGGAGUGCAAGGUGCGUGCCGACCCCAAGCCAACCAUCACAUGGAUGAAGGAGGGUGUCUCAGUUGCUGACAACAAGCGCAUCAAGCAGAUCAUCAAACAGGACAAAGAUGUAUACCACAUUCGGCUGGAACUUCGGGAUCCCGAGUUUUCAGAUGCUGGCAUCUACAAGUGCAACGUUAAGAAUGAGGCGGGCGAGAGCAAUGCAAACCUGACUCUAAACAUUGAAUUGGCGCCCGUGAUCAAGGAGCGUCCCAAGGUGGUCAGGCGGGAGCUGCACAAGACGAUUGUCAUCGAGUGUCACGUGCAGUCAACCAACAAGCCCGAGGUGGUCUGGUUCAAGGAGAACACCCAGGUGCGCGAGGACACCCGCCACCAGGUGCACAUCCGCCAGGUGUCUCAGGGAGAGUUUGCCGUGGCGCUCGAAAUCGACAAGCCGGCCGUCCAAGACAAGGGCGUAUACAAGCUGGUCGCCAAGAACGUCAAGGGCGAGGCUGCCUCUCAGACAGUCGCGGUCGACCUCGAAGAGGAAAAGAAAGAGCCUGAAAAGAAAGAACCUGAGAAAAAAGAAGAGCCAAAGCCCAAGGGUGAGAAGCCAAAGAUUGUACAGAUGUUGGCUUCUCAGACUGUUGAAGAAGGGAAGACCUGCGAAUUUGUCUGCCGUGUUGAAUCUGUCACCAAGGUCACGGUCAUCUGGAUGAAGAACAAGAGAGUCGUCCGGGAAACAACUACCACCCGCAUCACGUUUGAUGGCUCCACAGCGAAGCUUGUCUUCUCUCCAGCUACCAAGGACAUGGCUGGAAACUACACAGUCGAGUUCACGAACGAGUUUGGCAAGGAGGAAUCCUCGGCUGAGCUCAUUGUCACAGAUGCUCCGAAAAAGAAGCCAGAGGAGAAGAAACCCGAAGAGAAGAAGGUUGAGGAGAAGAAGCCAGAAGAGAAGAAGCCUGAGCCAAAGAAGGUUGAAGAGAAAAAGGUUGAGGAGAAGAAAGUGGAAGAGAAGAAGAAGGUGGAGGAAGUGAAGGUUGAAGAGAAAGCCGAGGUCAAGAAAGUUGAGGAGAAGAAGGUCGAGGCUAAGAAGCCCGCCGAGAAGAAGGCGGCAGAGAAGAAGCCGGAUGAUCUGAAGCCUGAGACCAUUGAGAGGAAGCCCUCAAUCGAGAAGCCAUCGAAGCCCGAAGCUGACAAAAAGGCGCCACCAGAGCGCAGAACGAGUCUCAACCGCCAGCAAAAUGGCGAAGUCAUGGAGUCGAUGAAGGACGAAAUAAUUCGCGAGCCAUCGCCUGUGGAAGAGCGUCGGCCGUCCAUCAGCAAAAGACGACCCAGCGACAAGAUCGAGCCCCUCCAAAAUGAUGAGAGUCCUAAAUCACCCACCAUGCCUGCGCCAGAACAGAUUAUUCCUCCAACACCUCCACCAGCUGCUCCUAAAAAGAAAGACAAGAUUCCGCCACCUCUGAACCUGGCCCCCGAAGUGCCGUCUGACACGGAGUCUGCGACCUCGUCACCUUCUCAGUCCCCGCGAUCGAAGUCCCCGAGGACUGUGAUGGGUUUUCAGCUUCAAGCGCCACCAGAAGAAGAAGAGGAAGCGCGGGACUUUGGCGAACCUCUGGUGUACAAGUUUAAGGAGGAGGGCUAUGAACCUGUGCCCUUGGAAGGUGUGGAGUCUCCACCAGCUCGAAAGUCUUCAGUGCCAGUGAUCAUGGUAGAUGACACUGAAGCAUCUAAGAAACCCAAAAAGAAAAGGAGCGUCAAGAAAGGCAAAGAUGAAGAAGAGCCCAAAGAGGAGGCUCCAAAGCCCAAACCGAAAAUGCGGUCAAUCAAACGUGCCGGUUCUCCCGACAAGGCACCGGAGCCGCCACCAUCACCGAGAGGGCGACGGAGCUCUGUAUGCGUCGCAGCCGAGCCAGGGCACAUUCCAGCAGAGCUUGUGGGUAUGCCACAAACUGCGACUGUCACAGUCCAGGGAGUCGUCAUGACCGUAGAAGACGCUGAAAAGAUGCUCGAGAAAGGAAUGGUUGUCGACGAGGCCGGCAAAAUGAAGAAACUUCGACCUGGUGAAAUGGUUGAAGUUAGGCAGCGGCGCCGUUCCAGUAUUGACAUGCGGCGGGCCAGUGUUUCAGAGCUACAAGAAAAGGUUGAGAAACCGUCAACGCCUCUGCGCCCCAUUCCUGAGAGCGAAGAAGGACCACCUAACAUUGUGGAUUACCAGGAGAAUGUCACAGCUGUUGAAGGUGGUACUGCCUACCUGUCAGUUCAAGUGGAGGGCAACCCCGUGCCUCAAUUCCGUUUCUACAAGGGAGUGGGCGAGGUGUAUGAGGGAGGCCGCUACAAGGUGAUCACGGACGGCGAGACAAACACGGUGUGCUUCUGCAUCCGCAAGGCCAAGAGUGUUGAUGAGGGCAAAUAUAAGAUUGUUGCCUACAACAAACAUGGCGAGGACUCAGUCACCAUUAGUCUUUUUGUGAGCGAUGAAAGUGGUAUGGAUUUCCGUGCCAUGCUCAAACACAGGCAAUAUGCUAAAUGGGGUAUGGGCAAAGACGACCCAGACUGGCAACUCAAGCAACGAGAAGAAGAGAAAGAGCAGAUUGGCCUUCGCAAGCCGAAACCAGACGCAUUCCUUCAACCGCUGGAGAAUGUGCAUGUUAAGGAAGGUCGGGACAAGCUAGCCCGCUUCCAGGCUGUGUUUUCAAAGAGCGGUGUGAAGGGCAAGUGGUUCCGCAACCGCCAGGAGAUUUUCAUGGGCAAGAAGUACCACAUGACCAGCCAGGGUGACCUUCAUGUCCUUGAGGUCAUGAACCCAACAGUGGAAGAUGGAGGACGAUACACACUCACUUGCCUCGACACCAGCUGCCAGGCACUCCUGGAAGUGGAUGACCCGGACCCCGUGUACAAAUUUGUCAAGAAGCUGCCGUCAAAGUCACAGCAGUACACAACCAAGGAACUGGUGCUCGAAUGCAGCACCAACAGCCACAAGGCCCCCGUGCAAUGGCUGAAGGAUGACAAGAAGAUUGCUGCAAGCGACAAGUACAUUAUUGAGCAGGACCAAUUUGGCAAGAAGAUACUGCGAGUUCAAAACUGCACUUUGGAUGACACCGGUUUGUACACCUGCAAGAUCAGCUCAGAAGAGAAGACCACGUGCAAGGUCACCAUUACAGAACAAAAGUUCCAGUUCAUGAAGGGCCUGAAAAGCUUCAAGAUCUUUGAGGACGACUCUGUCACACUUGAAUGCGAAGUGGACGAGUGGGAGGCCCCGGUGCAAUGGUUCAAGGACGGCAAAGAAAUCAAGGGCGACAAGCACUACGAAGUGACUGCAGAAGGUCGUAAACGCCGCAUCCACAUCAAAAAGGCGAAGAUCACUGAUGAAGGCACAUAUGUUUGCAAAACCAACUCGGAUGAGACAAGUGGAGAAGUUCUAGUGGAACCGGCCAACAAGUUCAACAAGAAGCUAAAAGAUGUCGAUGCUCUAGAGCGAGAGCAAGCCAUCCUGGAGGUUGAUCUUCUGGACAGGUACGCUCCACUCAAGUGGUUCAAGAACGGCGAGGAGAUCAAGCCGAGUGACAGGAUAACCAUUAAGCAGCUUGAAGAUGGUCGCCACCAACUGAUCAUUAACAAAUGUGAACUUGAUGAUACGGGCGAAUAUUCCAUUGAGUGCAAGGACCUCAAGUGUGCCUGCAAGCUAAGCGUGACUGAAGCUGAAAAAGCUCCUGUCAUCAAGCUGGACAAAACAGACUACACUGGAGACACUGGAAAGCCACUGACUAUCGAGAUCCCAUACAGCGUGACUGGUGUGAGGACAUCGGAUGUUGUAGGCAAGUUGCUGCGCAACGGACAGCCUGUCAGCACCAAGGAGGUUGAUAUUGUCGUGAAGAACGACGUAGUGCUUGUGACAUUCAGGAAGCCUGUUCGGGACACUUCUGGUCCCUAUGAGUUUUCUCUGAGUAACUCCCAAGGAGAAGCAAAGCUCCCACUCAACAUCAACAUUCUGGACGUGCCCCAGCCACCCGAGGGUCCCCUUGAGGUCACCGACAUCUACAGGGAUCGCUGCAAGCUCAAAUGGAAGCCACCAAAGGACACUGGUGGUGUCCCACUGCAGCAUUAUGUGGUGGAAAGGCAGGACCUCGGUGUCAGGGGAGGCUGGACCGAAGUCCUCACUACUGAGGACACUCACGCAGAUAUUACGGACCUGACACCUAAGAAGGAGUACAAGUUUAGGGUGCGCGCUGUGAACAAAAAGGGCGCAUCAGAGCCGCUCAAUGCCGACAGAACAACGUUGGCCAAGGAUCCGUAUGACGAACCCUCCAAGCCUGGAAAUGUUGAGGUCACUGACUGGGAUGCAGACAGGGUCGAUCUGAAGUGGGAUAAGCCUGAAAAGGAUGGUGGCGCACCCAUUGAAGGAUACGUCAUUGAGUACAAGGACAAGUUCUCCAGGGACUGGGUUCCUUGUGCUAAACUCCCAGCUGACAAAACUGAAGGCAGAGUGUCCGACUUGAAAGAAGGCGUUCAAUACGAAUUCCGUGUGCGCGCUGUUAACAAGGCCGGGCCUGGUGAACCCAGUGAUCCUACAAAGCCGAUUAUCUGCAAGCCGAGAUUUGUGAAGCCAUUUAUUCUGGGUGAUGGAUUGAAGAACCUGACUAUCAAACGAGGUGCCACGAUCAAGUAUGAGAUCGAGUUCAAAGGUGAACCUCCACCAGAAGUUUUGUGGGAGCGCAACAGCACACAGCUAAAGGCCACUGACAGGACAACCAUUGAAAUUAAGGACACUUCGACGACCUUCGUAACGAAGAACGCCGUGCGGGCUGACAGUGGUCGAUACACACUCAAGUUGACCAACAGCAGUGGAACAGUCUUCUCCGAGGCAGAUGUUGUUGUUCUAGGCAGUGUGUCUCUUUCAUUCACUUUGGAUUACCUGUGA